GGCAUUUGUGUUUUUAUUUAAGGAGGAGGAGGAGGAGGUUGUGUUUCUCUCCCACUGAGAGAAGGGCCCCUGGAGUCGAGAGGGAGGGAGAGAGAGAGAGAGGAAGCCCAGCCCUUGGAGGCAAAGGGGAGGACUUCCAUGAAGAGAGAAGGAAGGAAUUGAGAAAGGCUCCCGCCUCCAGCCUCUCUCUGUCUCUCUCUCUCCUCCACCUUUUCCUUUUGCCUUCCCUCUCCCCUCCUCCUCCUCCUCCUCCUCCUCCUCCUUUUGGGGAAGAGGAAGCCGUGCUGCCUGGAAGGGACCUUCCUUCCUUCCUUCCUCCUCCUCCUCGCGGGAACAAAGAGGCGCCAAAAGCCCCUCGCUGCUGCUUUCCCCCCUCCGCCGCAGAGAAGGAGGACUCCAGGAAGGGAGCCAUCGUGGCUCAGGCUGCAUCCGCACUGGAGGAAAUAACACGAAAGAAGAGUAAAAAGGCAUGGGUAUAACAUGAUUUCCACAACAUGUUCAGAAUGGAUAUGAUUUUUGUAAAAGCUUGUUUCCUGGUAAACUAGAUAAAAGAUGGAUGAGUCAGCCUUAUUAGAUCUGCUGGAGUGUCCUGUCUGUUUAGAACGCCUUGAUGCUUCUGCAAAAGUCUUGCCUUGUCAACAUACAUUUUGCAAACGGUGUCUGUUGGGCAUUGUAAGCUCCCGAAAUGAGCUUCGCUGUCCAGAAUGCAGGACGUUAGUUGACUGCAGUGUUGAUGAACUUCCCAGUAAUAUUUUGCUUGUUCGACUGCUGGAUGGCAUCAAACAAAGGCCUCGGAAACCUGGUGGUAUAGUGAGUUCCACAAAUCCAUUACGGGCCCAGACUAGCACUGUUGCCAACUGCAUUCCAAAAGACCUUCAAAGUUCUCAAAGUGGCCAGCAGCAGAGAGUACAAGCACGAAGUCCUCCUGUUCGGGGUGUACCUCAGUUACCUUGUGCCAAAGCGUUAUAUAACUAUGAGGGGAAAGAGCCUGGAGAUCUUAAAUUCAGUAAAGGUGACAUCAUUAUAUUACGUCGGCAAGUUGAUGAAAAUUGGUAUCAUGGAGAAGUUAAUGGAGUCCAUGGAUUUUUUCCUACAAAUUUUGUCCAGAUUAUUAAACCUUUACCUCAGCCUCCACCUCAGUGUAAAGCACUUUAUGAUUUUGAAGUUAAAGACAAGGAAGCAGACAAGGAUUGCUUACCCUUCUCAAAGGAUGAUAUUUUGACUGUAAUUCGACGAGUAGACGAAAAUUGGGCAGAAGGGAUGUUGGCUGACAAAAUAGGAAUAUUCCCUAUUUCGUAUGUUGAGUUUAACACAACAGCAAAGCAACUGAUAGAGCUAGACAAACCCUCAGGUUCUACAGCAGACUCUGGAGAAGGCACAUCUGGUGCAUCUCACAGCAGUUCUAUUCAAAAGCACACCGAUACCAAGAAGAACACCAAAAAACGCCACUCCUUUACCUCCCUUACCAUGUCCAACAAGGCCUCACAGUCAUCUCAGAAUCGUCACUCAAUGGAAAUCAGCUCUCCUGUCCUCAUCAGUUCCAGUAACCCCACUGCUGCAGCUCGCAUAAGUGAACUUACGGGCCUUUCCUGCAGUGCACCUUCUCAGGUCCAUAUCAGUACUACGGGGCUAAUUGUGACACCACCACCCAGCAGUCCAGUAACAACAGGGCCUUCAUUUACUUUUCCACCUGAAGCCACCUACCAAGCUGCUCUUGGUAGUAUGAACCCCCCUCUGCUGCCACCACCACCGCCUCCUCUGUUGUCUGCUACAAUAAUUGCCCCAGCUUCUACUGGACUUCCUUCAGGGGUGGCUCAAAAAUCUGCACCCAUAUCAGCUGAGCAAAUAACACAUUUGAGACCACAGACAAGACCAAGUGUGUAUGUUGCUAUUUAUCCAUAUGCUCCUAGAAAAGAAGAUGAACUGGAACUGAGAAAAGGGGAGAUGUUUUUGGUGUUUGAACGUUGUCAGGAUGGUUGGUUUAAAGGAACUUCCAUGCAUACAAGCAAAAUUGGUGUAUUUCCUGGCAACUAUGUGGCACCAGUUACUAGGGCAGUGACAAGUGCCUCCCAAGCAAAAGUUCCUGUAUCUACUGCUGGCCAGUCAGGACGGGUGGUAACCAUGGUCAGUGCUUCCACUGCUGGAGGAACAGUGCAGAAACUUCAGGGAAAUGGUGUGACAGUGAACUCCAGUGCAGUACCAACUGCUGUGGUCUCUGCAGCCCAUAUACAAACAAGCCCACAGACCAAGGUUCUGAUGCAUAUGACUAGCCAAAUGACAGUCAACCAGGCUCGCAACGCAGUAAGAACAGUUGCAAUACACAACCAAGAAAGACCUACAGCUACCGUGACACCAAUUCAGGCUCAAAGUUCAGCAUGCCUUAUUCCUGCUGCUGUCAUUAUUCCACACCAUUCUGUUGCACCACAACAGCUGCAACCUCAGCUUUCAAAUGCUGCUGCUUAUAUCACGGCUGUGAAUAUCAACCGGACCAAUGUCCCAUUGGCUUGUGCUGCGGUUUCAUUAAACUCUCCUUGCACUUCUGCAUCUCUGGAUGGAGAUACAAAUGGGAGGAUUGUGACUGUUCACAGUGGAGCUCCAGCAUCUCCUGAAAACACCUUAGCAGCUUCAGGGGUUUCUACUGCCAGUAAACCUGAUAGAGAUGGGAAGAAAGAAAAAAAGGGGCUGUUGAAGUUGCUUUCAGGAGCAGCUACCAAGCGCAGACCUCGAGCAUCUCCCCCAUCAUCGCCAACUCUGGAAGUUGAGCAGGGAGGUGCAGAGGUUCCCCUACAAGGUGCUGUAGGUCCAGAGAUCUCAUCAGUUUCCAGUCAUGGAAGAGCUGAAUCCUGCCCCAUGGACAAUGAAGCAUCAACAUCAGUGCAGGAGAACACGCAUCGAAAAGCAAAUACUGUGGAGUCAAAUAUCCCUAUAGCUCCACCUCCGCGGCAGCCCUGCUCUUCAUUGGGCCCAGUCCAUAACGAAUCUAGACCUGUGGUCUGUGAACGAUACAGAGUUGUGGUGUCCUAUCCUCCUCAGAGUGAAGCUGAGCUUGAACUUAAAGAAGGAGACAUUGUUUUUGUACACAAAAAACGUGAAGAUGGCUGGUUCAAAGGCACAUUGCAGCGAAAUGGAAAAACUGGUCUUUUCCCUGGAAGCUUUGUAGAGAGUGUCUGAGAAGACUCUUUUCAAAUUUUCAAAUCACACAGCACUAUAGGAUAGCACAAAUUUUACAAGAAAGAGUGCAGCCAUGGAAGACUUUUUAAAUGACUGUAAUAUAAACAAAUUUAUAUUUAUGUUUUCCAGUAUCCCACAGCACAAUUAAACCAGCAAAGAAAGAUGAUGAAAUAUUUGCUGGCUGUUUUUUGGCAUCAUUUUGAAUUUUUAAGUGUAAUGCGUGCCUUGUAUAAUAUCUGAUUUAUUUUACAGAGGAACUUUUUUUCAAAUGUAUAACAAAGGAACAAUUGUUUACAAGGCUGUAACUAAUUUAUUCUUGGUUUUCUAAACUUGAAUUCUGCUUAAUAGUUAAAGCUUAAUGAUUAUGAUUAACAAAUUAUUAAUUUAUGAAAUAAGGUAAGGAGAAGCUGGAUUCUCUCCUUAUAGAGAGGCAUAGUGACUGGCAGAUGGCUUUCUCCCACUGUGUGUGACAGUGAAGUGAGUUUGUUUCAUAGGUUAAUGUUGGUUGUUUUGAUGGUGAAAUGGUGUCUAAUUGAAUGAUGCAAAGUGGGAUCAAAUGGCAUUGUGAGGUUUUCUUGUUCUGGGUGGGAAACUGUCUGUCAGUAGCAAGUCUAAAUAUCCCAGACAGUGUAACGUUUUUUAAAAGGCAGAAAUGUAACUGUAAGCAAAGUUAAACCUUAAUAUUCUCAGAGUGAGAAUGAAAAAUGGAGAAAAUGUGGGAGAUGGGGGGAAAUCAACUUCCUCUAACUUCUGUUUGUUCAACUGUUUUUGAUAUUUGUCAGGAUUCAGCUUUGCAGAUUUGGCUGGUACUUUGGGCACAUGGCACCCACAGAAUAUAAAUGAGAUAUAAGGAUGUUGAUCACAAAACACUUGCAAGAAGUGGGAAAUUGUGCUAGUGAUUAGUUCAUAGGAUUCAAAAUUGAAUUUCAACAGUUGCACUCACUGUCUAAAUAUGCCAAGAAAUGUUGUUUGCUUUUUUCCCUUUUCAAAGUGAUUUGCAUGGCUGAGAGACAAUUUUACAAUGUUUGAGCAAUAGUGGUGGUAAGUGAUACACUCGUGUUUUUAAAGUAAAGGCUGUAAGAACACUGUGAAAAUUUUGCUAAUUUUGUAACUAUUGCUAAUUGCAUAUGUCUUAACUUCUUAUUGUCUUGCAUGUUUUACCAAAUUCUCACAGGCAUACAAACAGUAGCUGAUUAUUGCAUUCCAGUGUCCUGUGCCAGGUUAACUGGAUAGUAAAUCAAUCACUUAUCUGUUAACACAGAACCCACUGAUGGAGGCCAGUGAGAGAUUGGUUCCUGAUAAUUAAAAAGUGUUCUAGUCUUCAACAUUAUUCCAGUCAUAGAUAUUUAGAAACACAGGAGGUUUGAGGUACCAUAUCAUCAACUUAAUUUCAGGCAUGAAAGAAUGUUUUCCCACUCACAUUUUAUCCCUUGCUACCUUUGAACAUGUACAUUUCUUUAUAGCAUGGGGAGAUGACCACUGCCAUAUCACUCCAUUUUCUGUCUUAUGUAAGGAAUUAUUUGGAGCUGUUCUCCAAUACAGGGUAGAGAGAACAUGCCAGCAGUAGAAACAUUCAGUUUAGAUUUUGCUCUCAGUUUGUUGAUCUUUGUUUUGAGAUAUAUGGGAGAUAGAAUGUUUUUUGUGGGUUUUUCUGGCUAUGUGGCCAUGUUCUAGAAGAGUUUCUUCCUGACGUUUCGCCAGC